UCUAAAAUAAAAGCCGACGAAAAGAAAUCGAAGAUCGCAUUCUUCAUCUCUCAAGCACCAUGUCUCGCCCUGCACACAGAAAACCAGAAUACCAUAAAAUCUAUGGAUUUGAGACCUACUGGACACUUUGCUCAAGGUACAGCCUUUUACGAGGACACAAAAUGGAAAAACUGGCCCUCAUGUGUAUUGAACUUGAAACUUAGCUACAAGUAAACUGUAGGUAGUAUUCACCCAUCAGAAUAAGAGAGAAAGAGGAAGAAGAAAAUGCCAUGAUUUCAGUUUGGUCAUAUUAUAAAUGGGCACAAUGCUGAGGCUCCGGCAUAACAAAGAUCUCUUUGUCCUCACCUAUGGAGCUCUGGUUGCCCAACUGUGUAAAGAUUAUGAAAAAGAUGAAGAUGUGAACAAAUAUUUAGAUAAAAUGGGAUAUGGCAUUGGAACACGGCUGGUGGAAGACUUUUUGGCUCGAUCUUGUGUAAGAAGAUGCCAUAGUUAUUCAGAAAUUACAGACAUAAUUGCCCAGGUUGCCUUUAAGAUGUACUUGGGGAUUACACCAAGUGUGACCUGUAACAAUUCAAGCAGGACUGAAUUUUCCCUGAUCCUAGACAAGAAUCCGCUGGUGGAGUUUGUGGAAGAGCUCCCCGCCGGGAGAUCCUCUCUCUGCUACUGCAAUUUACUCUGUGGGAUUAUCAGAGGUGCCCUGGAAAUGGUUCAUUUGGCUGCUGAUGUUACAUUCUUGCAAGACAGACUGAAAGGCGACCGUGUGACAGAAAUAGGAAUAACAUUUCUGAGAAAGCUAGAUGAGAAAAAAUACAGACGGAAAAAAUGAAGCAUUGCAUGCACAAUGCCACAGGGGGGCCAGUUGAGGAGUUAAUAUUAUCUAAACAUACAGAGCCAUAGAAAUUUUGAAUUGUUUAAUAAUAGCAUGGGCUUUAAAAGGCUUAUAUAACAGCCAGAAAUUUGAAGUGCAGGGCACUAGGAUUUAAAGAUUUUUUUUCUUUGCUGAUAAAUUAUACAUUUUCAAUCUUAUGUCCAUUAGAUUUCAUAUACAAAUAACUCCUUAUAAGAUAGCAUACAUGAAUUCACAUAUCAUACAGCCCAUCCUAACAGAGUGCACUGAUUUCAUUUACUUAUGGUAAUGGAAAAAAAAAAGCAUACAAACUACACAGUUGGUGUAUUCAUUCUCAUUGGAAAAAAUAGAUGAAAUGAUACAAUAUAGAGUUCACUAUAUAUAGACAAUUUCUAGAUACUGUAUGUUGCAUUCUCUAUAGAAAAAGUGCCAUUUAUAACACUUUUCCAUAUUUUUGAGUAACUAUGGGUAUGAUUUCUUUCAUAUACUGGCUUGGUUUGUCACUUCAGCCUCCUGAAGUUGCUCUCUCUUGAUUUAUAAUUACCAAGGCAAGCUGUUUAUUUGCAUGCUAAUUCUGAAAUAUUUUUAAGGAGCAUUUAGUUUUAAUUCAUGUAAUUUUUAGAUAGUAUUAACCAAAUGUCUUCCUAUUUUCAUGAAACAUUGCUGAUGGUCAGGCCAGGAAACCUCUAAAAUGAGAGGUAAAUAAUGUUUUUUGAAAAUACUUUCUUACCCCAAAGCUUAUUCAGUUAGAAUUUUUGCUGUCAUUUUUAUCCCCUAAAAAACCUUACAAACAUGCUUUGUCUGUGACCAGAACAUACUUAAAAUUCAGAACGUACUGGAUUCAAUAAACAAUAAUCUUUACCAGACCAUCAGCAUACGCAGGAAGCCUCUAUGCAGUCCAGAAUCUGCUGGGCUCUGCAGAGAACUGAAAUUCCAAGUAAGUUACAAUUAGUGCAGGUCCAUCAGUUAAAACUGGUGUAAAUAAUAUGAUCGUGGUAGACCUCAACUAGGACUCAGCAGCCUAAAGACACAGUACCAGGUCUGUUUCUAGUGGAUUCAGCUGAUCCUAACUGGUGGCUCAAUCUUAGGCAAGGCACGUAAUCUCUCAAGUGCGCUCUCUCUCUCUCAUUUAUAAAAUGGCACAACUGAAAAAAAAUAAAAAUUUAAAAAAUGGCACAAUUGAACAUAAGUAUCCUAAAUUAUAUAAAAGAGUUUAAAUGACAUCAAAAACUGCUGAAAUUCCACAUUUUUGGAUUUUGAAGACUCUGAGGAAAUGGUUUGUUCCCUACCUACGCAGCUGUCUCUUCAAAAGGGCAUCGAGGUCAGUAUUAAGGACCAAAUAGGGUCACUGGGGCAGCUGCAGCAACCAUGGAAGGAACUUAAAGCCAGUUCCACAGAAGACCAGGAGUAGAAUCGGGAAAAUGAGUAUUACCUGACAUCAGAAGGGAUAUCACAAUGCCAUGUAUUUUAAACUGAUGCCUCCAGAAGAAUGUUUGCCUGCCAUCCAUCCCAAAGCUUCUCUUAGGGAUGUUUCCAUCUUCUGUUCUGUUUCCUCUUUGCUUACCCUCACCCCUCCAGGAACCCCAAAUACUUACGUCUAAGGGCCUCCCUCUUAAAUCAGUACCCAACUAGCCCUCUUGUAAAUGUUCCAUGCUCUGGAGUAUUCACUUACCUGACUACACCUUGCUCUCCUUUCUGUCCCAACCCAGCCAUCCAACUGCCUUGGCUGGCUGUCUUCAUUGCCCAUCCACCGGAAGACGGCUGAAUCUGAUACUCUCAAUGAUGCGGAGUGUUAGAACCAGUGAUGGCGUCAGGAUAAGGCUCAUUCCCCAUCCUUUCAUUCGCCCCCUCACCUUAGAGAGGGAGACCAGUCUUUUGGAUUGAAUUUGUGGUAUGGACAGUGACCUACUUAACCAAGAGAGAAGACUGUGCAGUAGUCCCCCCCCAUCCGUAGGGAUAUGUUCCCAAACCCCCAGUGGAUGUCUGAAGCCACGAAUAGUACUGAACCCUAUAUAUACUAUGUUCUUCCCAUAUAUAUAUACAUACCUCUGAUAAAGGUAUGUUGUUUAAUAGCUUCAAUCUUUAAAUUUAAAUGAACUAAAAUUAGAUUAAAAAUUCAUUUCCUCAGUCACACUAGUCACAUUUUAAGUGUUCUGCAUGCAGCCAUAUGUGGCUAGCGACUACUCUAAUGUACAGCACAGGUCUAUAAUUCCCAAAGAUCCACUGGGUUUCAUUGACCUUGGACACCAAGAACUAAUGGGGAGGAUCCAGGUUAAUAGGGAGAAAGGAGACAGAAAGAAAAACGUAAGAAAGACAUCAGAGAUCAAUGAAAUGCUGAGUCGUGACCCGUAAAAACAGAAAACUUUCUAUGUAAAGGUUUCAUACUAAAGGAAGGUUGCACACCAUCCUCUGGAUUCCAAGUGUAUUUUCACCCCCUUUGUGUGAGGCUGAGUCUUUCUAAUAAAAGCCUUGUGGAAGUUGCACAG